AUGAGUCUCAAUGGCUCGGGUGACGGGAAUCGAGAACUCAUCGAUUCGAGGAUGAUAAAACAAGAAAAUGAAGAUGGAGUCAAUGAGAAAAGUCCGAAUCAAUCAAAUCAAGCACAAGAUACCACUGCUUUGACCCCAAAGAGCAAUGCUUCGGGCGAAAGGGAAGGAGUCGUUGUGAAGAAAGAAGAAACACAAGAACCAGACUAUAUGCAAUCAUAUCAGCCUCUACCAAAAGAAGAAGGUUUUAAAGUCCCGGGAAUCAAAUACGAAGAUGAUGAAGAUUUGCCGGAGAUUGUUUGGAGUGAAUGGAUGCAAAAAACGGACACAAUAAGAAUUCCUGAUUUGAAUGCAAAGCAAAAGAAACGAUCAGAGGAACUAUCAUCACUCCUUUGGCAGGAAUUCUACAACAACGGUGAUCCGACAACUCAUCCUGAAAGAGAGAUUCUGUAUCGAACCUUUAAAAUUCGAGAAGCUGAAGUGUCGUACAUUCAAGAGAAACUCGGCACAGAUGAAGUGAAAAAAGAUCCAAUAAAGCUGAAAAAGUGGAAUCAUUUGCUUUUCAAGUCGAUGAUCUCAAUGGCUCAUGUGACAUUGUUGGGACAAGAUUGGGGCAGAGCGCACGCUGCUUUCAAAUUGUGUUUCCGUUUGGAUCAAGAGGCUUUCGGGAAAGAUCCCGGUGCAUACUAUGGAUUUGGUCUCGUCUAUUAUCAUUUCAAGAAGUUCAAGCUAGCCGUUGAGGCGUUCACCACUCAACUCUACCUAUUUCCCGAUUCGGAUCUUGUUCCUGAUAUCCAUUGUCGACUCGGAUCUUCAUACAAACAUCGAGAACAGUACGCACUUGCUUUAAAGCACUACACAGCGGCGUUCGCCGAUCAACGCGAGGCGUGGUUUCACUCGAAGACACAAUUAAGGAUUUGUAUUGCACUGUGUCAUUCAUUGAGUGGAGAUCUACAGAAAGCGUACGACGAUCUGAAACGGCUUGAGGUCGAACUAGCCAAUCAACUGCAAUCCCUUUCCGGCCCACCCAUCCCCGGUUCUCCACUUUUCUCUGAUCGUGCAACCGUUCUCCGUGAACUCGGCUGGGUCUGCUAUCAAUUCGACAAUCCCCAAGAGACUCGGCAUCAGAAAUUAGAGGAAGCGGAACGAUAUUUAAUUCAAAGCCGGGAUCUCGAGCCGAAUCACGGGAAAACCUACUAUUAUCUGGGACGUUGUUACGGGGAGAAUAAACAGAGAGCUCACGACGCCUUUCUCCACUACCGACAAGCGAUCGACAAAUCCGAGGGUGACGCCGACACGUGGUGCUCCAUCGGAUUGCUCUACCAGGAUCAGAAUCAGCCUAUGGAUGCUUUGCAAGCAUUCAUUUGCGCCGUUGAGUUGAACCCUGAGCACAGCCCCGCGUGGACGAAUCUCGGUCAACUCUAUCUACAACAACACCAAUUUCAAGACGCUCUUCAGUGCUUCAAGAACGCUUUACAACACAAUCCCGUUUGCCCGGCUCCAUUGAAGCAACACAUCGCGAUCCUCGAACGGGAACUCAAUAUUUCUUCGGCUCAUUCACAAGCGGGAAAUCGGAGUGUCGCACCGGGAGUCAAACUUCCCAUUCUUCAAGAAGCUUGGAAACAACCGAUCCCCAGUGAGCUGCGACAACGACAAAACGAGGCGAAUUUGUUGAAACAAUUCCGUUACCGUGAGGGAUCCCCUCUCUGGAAGAUGGCCGAGUUGGGCGUCACGAGGAAAAGGCCAAAAUUGGAACAGGAUGAGGGCGAUGAAAUGAACGCCGAACAAGCGGCCCUUUGCGGGAUUCUCGACAUGAACAAGCAGCAUCUCGAUGAGAACUCCAAGAAUAUCCACCAUCAGCUGUUGAAGCUCAAAAAGCCGAACUUGGAACGGACGACGGUUUCCCCGAUGACAAUGGACGACUUGCCGACAGGAGAAGAGGAAUAUUAUCCGAUGCACUUGGCGAGCACAAGCGACGCCUAUUCCCACUUGAAACACAAGUUGGACUUGGAGGCUGAAAAAGAUGAAGAAGUGGAGAAUGAGGAGAAACCGAGAUUACACCGAUUGCCCCAUAAAUUCAGUCUCAUGGCACCGCUACGAGUCAAAUUAGAAACGUCGGCUGAGGAAAUAUUGUCAAUGGCCUCGAAAAGAAUAGAUUGCGCUGAGAAAUAUGUGCCGAUAUUUGAAGAAGAAGUGCCACCACCUGAGCCACCGAGAGCACCACAAAUAACGAUUGAUGAGAAGAAUAAGCUAACGAAAUACCCCGAAGCCGGCUAUCGACAAACUCCAUUGAUCACUGUUGAGUCUCGUGCUGAAGCUCAAUUGACCUCACUACAACAAUUCCUUCAAUCAUCAAAUUGCUCAAUUGCAUCAGUUCGAGGAUUGACUUCAGCUCUGAAAAUGGAUCUCUCAUUGUUCUCGACGAAGACUUUAAUGGAAUUGAUUCCGGAUCAAACUAUUGAGGUUCGAACACAAUACCGAAUGCGUGGCGAUCAAAACGUGAACCACGCCGGUGAGGCGACUUGGGAAUUCUUUUCCGCUCCCGGCAGCGCUAAAGUGAUCGACUAUGCUCAAUACCAAGCACAAACAUUCAAAUAUUGUCUUAAAGAAGAAGAGGAGAAACUUCGCAAAAAUGGAGCCAAGUAUGGGCAAAUUGUUCAAGAAUCGGGGAAAAAAGGUGUCUACGCAUCGGAACCAUUAAGACAAAUCAAAUUUGGAACAAAUAUUGAUGUGUCGGAUAGUAACAAAUUCCCGAAACAGCUCAAGGAACUUCAAAAGUUGCCGGGUUUCUGUCGACCGGGCGGUGCAUCGGAUAUGUUAUCGCAUCUCGGGUACACGAUUCUGGGGAUGAAUACUGUGCAAAUGUACAUGAAGGUGCCUCAAGCCCGCACCCCAGCUCACAUCGAGAACAAUUGCUUUGCUUCAGUCAACAUCAAUAUCGGACCUGGUGACUGUGAAUGGUUUGCCGUCCCGUACGAGAAUUGGGCUGAUAUGAAGAGAUUAUGCGAUGAGCACAAGAUCGAUUUCUUGAGAGGAUCCUGGUGGCCAGAUUUGGAUCAAUUGUUGAGAGAAGGGAUACCCGUUUACAGAUUUACUCAAAAAGCUGGUGACGUUGUCUGGGUUGGGCCGGGUUGUGUGCACUGGGUGCAAGCGACUGGAUGGUGCAAUAAUAUUGCGUGGAAUGUCGGACCGUUAACUUCUUUUCAAUUAGAGGUCUCGCUUAUCAGCUAUGAAUGGAAUAAGAAACAGCUUUACAACUCACUUGUCCCAAUGCAACUCCUUUGUUGGCAACUCGCAAAGAACAUUCAAUUCACUGUUCCAUCAGUCUGGCAAAUGGUUCGCGGGGUACUCAUUCGAUCACUUGCUUACUGCAAAAUGAUUGCAAAAUAUGUGGAAUCGUGUGGAAAGGUGAUCAAAUAUCAACCCCGUCAAUCCGAUCCGAAAGGCCGUGAACCAACUUGUGUCAUUUGUGAAGUCGAAGUCUUCAAUAUUCUCUUCGUCAAACAGGAAAAUCCCGAAAAAUCCGAUUCUGUUUACUUCAACUAUUGUGUGAAUUGCGCAAGAAAAAAGAAAUUCCACAAAGACGAGAGCUUCUACGUGCUUCAGCAAAUCACUUUCGAUGAGCUGAUUGCUAUUUACGACAAGUGCCAACUCACGUACAAUAGUAAAAAGCUGAACUUGGUUGCG